CUGUUAGCUCCGCUGCCUGGAAAAAGCCUCUCCGCUGCCCGCCGCUCCCCGCACAAAGACAACAUUUAUGAGAUCCCCUCCAAUCCCUGAAAUGGCGACUCAGGAGGUACAGCUGAACGAGACUCUGGCCCAUCUGAAAACCGAGUCGGAGACGCUGAAGACGAAGCUGGAGGAGGAGAGAGCGAAGCUGCACGACGUCGAGCUGCACCAGGUGGCAGAGAAGGUGGAAGCUCUGGGUCAGUUUGUCAUGAAGACCCGGAGGACUCUGAAGGGCCAUGGCAACAAAGUUCUGUGUAUGGACUGGUGUAAAGAUAAGAGGAGGAUCGUCAGCUCCUCACAGGAUGGAAAGGUGAUUGUGUGGGAUGCUUUCACCACCAACAAGGAGCACGCCGUGACGAUGCCUUGUACCUGGGUGAUGGCCUGCGCCUACGCUCCAUCUGGCUGCGCCGUCGCUUGUGGUGGCCUGGACAACAAAUGCUCCGUGUAUCCUCUGUCCCUGGAUAAGAACGAGAACCUGGCUGCCAAGAAGAAAUCAGUGGCAAUGCACACAAACUACCUGUCUGCCUGCAGCUUCACCAACUCAGACAUGCAGAUCUUGACAUCCAGUGGGGAUGGAACCUGUGCAUUAUGGGAUGUUGAGAGCGGGCAGCUGUUGCAGAGUUUCCAUGGACACGCUGCAGAUGUGCUCUGUCUGGACCUGGCUCCGUCCGAGACUGGAAACACAUUUGUUUCAGGGGGCUGUGAUAAGAAGGCUAACGUGUGGGACAUGCGUUCAGGACAGUGCAUUCAGUCCUUUGAAACACAUGAAUCUGAUAUAAAUAGUGUGCGAUACUAUCCGAGUGGAGAUGCCUUUGCAUCUGGAUCAGAUGAUGCUACAUGUCGCCUGUAUGACUUAAGGGCAGACAGAGAAGUGGCUAUUUAUUCCAAAGAAAGCAUCAUAUUUGGGGUCUCCAGUGUUGAUUUCUCACUCAGUGGCCGGCUACUGUUUGGUGGCUACAACGACUACACCAUCAAUGUGUGGGAUGUUCUGAAAGGAACACGGGUGUCUAUUCUGUUUGGACAUGAGAACCGGGUCAGCACGCUGCGUGUCUCCCCUGACGGGACGGCCUUCUGCACAGGAUCUUGGGACCACACUCUUCGGAUCUGGGCCUAAGCCUCAAACCACAAGGGAUUAGUUUAGUGGACAUACAGUAUCUACUGAAGGCACACUGAUGUUUCUGUUUGCUAGAGUACAAUCACAGAGAUAGAAACUCAGUUUUGGUUGUAGAUAGGACAUAUCAAUAGCACUGUAUAUACUCCAGUCAGGUCAGGGUAGAUUUAAAUAUUUUAAAACAUAAAUAAACCAAAUGGCACGCUUGCAUUACAGUAUGACAGAAAGAAAAAAAAAGCACAGAAAUACUUAUCAUAGCUUAUGAUAUUUAAAAGUAUAUUGAAGAAAAUAAUAAUGGUAGUGACUUGCAUUGGUUUAGGGUAGAAGUGACACAAUAAAAUCAUGUAUUGUUUGUGCCCACAUAAAGGACAAUAUUUGUUUUCUUCACAAGUGAUAAAAAAAUAAUGAAUACAGUCUGAAGAGGAAAACCAAAUAAAACUGAUAUGGCGGAUUACACUUGGAGAGAUGGAGGGUCGCUUCACUGGGAAGAUAACAGUGAUUGUGGCUAAAAUGGCACAUAGAAAUAAAUAUUUAUCAGCCUCAAGCCAGUUAGAGACACACUGUGGACAAGAGGGAGAACUGGUAUAAAUAAAUAAAAAUGCAUUUUUUUAUUUCAAUUAUUAGAUGUGAAAAACAAGAUGAAAAAACUUCUCUAUUCCCUACAGCAGCUCACCUGCCAAUAUUAAUGAAAACAAGUUUAUUAUGUUGAUCUUUUAUUUUUUAUCUCUGUAGUCUUAAAUAUGGAUUACUUCUUAUUUAUCAGUUGUGAAAACCAACACACACUGUACUCAUUCAAUUACAAGAGACCACUUUUUUUGCAGUUUAAAUAAAAGAAUAAAGAGAAUGUACUUCCACCUGCGCAGCUGUGUGAAGGCUGUAAUUUCAAAUUAACUUUAUUUUAUUGUAGUUUAGUGUACAGAUAAACAAGGGACUGUUAUUCAGAAUAUUACAAACAUAAUAAACCGAAUUUUGAAUAUCA